AUGAAGGUGACGUAUUCCUGGUUAAUAUAUUCAUGUUUAUCUUUAGGAUCAGGCAUUUUGUGUGACAGAAAAGAUGAUGAUUCUUGCUCAAUAAACGACGAAGAUAAGUUUUAUUGUUCAAAUGGACUGUGUAUCAAAUCGUCGUGGGUUUGUGAUGGUCAUAAGGAUUGUUCAGAUGGUUCAGACGAGAACAAAGAGUUGUGUGCUCUAUACGGAUAUGCACCAAAUAUGCCAAUGAAUUGCGGUAGAGUUAAUAUUAAAAACCAAGUUACACUCAAAAAAUACAUAGCAAAUAUUGGAACAGCACCUUGGAAUGUUGGAAUAUAUCGAUUAAAUAAAGAAAAUUCCAAUUACGAAUUGAUUUGUGGAGGAUCAAUAAUCUCUCCAAAUUUAGUCGUUUCUGUGGCUCAUUGUUUUUGGCAAGAAGGUAUGUUAUCUAAGAAAAUAUCAAUAAACGAUGGUUUAUACAAAAUUUCUGUUGGAAAAUAUGAGAGAAAUUUUACGGUUAUUGGAAAUGACUUUACUCAAAUAAUUAAUGUGUCUAUGAUCCACCUGAAACGAGGUUAUAAUGGACCAACUAGGUUUCAUGCUGAAGAUAUAGCUAUUAUUGUGUUGCAAGACAGAGUUUCUUUUAGUAAUGGUGUUUCACCGGUUUGUGUUGAUUGGAAUGGUGAAUACAAUAUAGUCAAUGGAGAUGAAGGAAAGAUGGUUAGUUGGGGAAACAUGGGAAAAAAUAUAUCAAAUCCUGAUUUAUUUGAAAUAUCUUUAACCUACAUUGACCAUGAAACUUGUCAAAAAAUGUAUAGAAAUAGAUUUGAAACAUUUGUGACUGCUGAUAAGUUUUGUGCUGGUUCUAAACUGGGACAAGGAGUAGGUAGAAGUGGUAGCGGAGCUGGCUUAACAUUUUUACACUCUAAUUCUUAUUAUUUAACCGGCUUAGUUAGCGUCAGUGAUCCAAAUAAUUCAAUCACAGUUUUUACAGACAUUAAAUACCAUAUUCAUUGGAUUCGUGGAUUUUUCGAAGUACAUGUUGGUCAGGGUAAAGUGAAUGUAUGCGUUUUACCAACUGUCAAAGGAGUUGUAUAUUCUUAUGAAGGUUCUAAUGAUAUUUUAUCGCACGGGACUUUAAUUAGUCAUCAUCGUACUGUUAUUGAGAACUGUGAAGUUGGAUAUCACAAGGCUUAUCCUAUUAGUGUAAGGGUUUGUCUUGAAAAAGGAAAAUGGUUUUCAUUCAAAGAUAUAUUGUGUUUAGAAAUGUGCCCACCUCUAAAAUCAGAUAGUUUGGAUAUUAAAUGUAGUCAUAAUGGAGAGUAUGCUAAUUGUUCAAAUUCAUUGAUACCCAAUACAACAGCAACAAUAUCAUGUAAACCAACAUAUACUGCACCAAAUGGACAAGAUGAGAAUCCGCUUGAAUUACUUUGUCAGUCCAAUGGGACGUGGAAUAAACAACUAUAUAGAUGCAAUCCAUACUGCGGUAGAGUAUAUAUCAAAAACCAAAUACUGAUUAACAAUGGUUAUGAAGCAAAUAUUGGAACAGCACCUUGGAAUGUUGGUAUAUAUCAAUUAAUAGAACGAAAUCGCAAUCAUGAAUUAGUUUGUGGAGGAUCAAUAAUAUCUCCAAAUUUAGUCGUUUCUGUGGCUCAUAGUUUUUGGAAAAAAGGUACUUUAUCUAAAAACAUAUCAAUAAAAGACGGUCUAUACAAAAUUGCUGUUGGAAAAUAUACUAGAGAUUUUAAAGUUAUUGACAAUGAUUUUACUAAAAUAAUUAAUGUGGAAAUGAUUCACCUAAAUGAUGAUUAUUAUGGACCUUCUGGGUAUCAUGCUGCAGAUAUAGCUAUUAUUGUGUUAAAAGACAGAGUUUCCUUUAGUAAUGGUGUUGCACCUGUUUGUAUCGAUUGGAAUGGUAAAUACAAUAUAGCCAAUGGAGAUCGAGGAAAGAUCGUUGGUUGGGGAAUAACAGAAGAAAACAUUCCAAGUCCGGUUUUAUUAGAAGAAUCAUUAUCAUAUAUCGACCGAAGUUCUUGUCGGGAUAUGUAUACAAACGGAUUUGAAAAUUUUAUUACUGUUGAUAAAUUUUGUGCUGGUUCUGCAUUGGGUAAUAAAAUAUCUAAACAUUAA